CGCGAAAUAAAAUGAAUGUGUAAAUAAAGUCAAUCUGAUUUCGUGGAGACAUGAGGUUUACUGUGUACGCGUUUUUCGGCUUUGCUCUUGGGGUUUUGCUCGUGGGGUUGCGGGAACUGUUGUUUGGUUUCGAGGAGAACAGAUGUAGCAUGACAUACAUGUUCGAGUACCCAGAAUACCGACGCGUGCCGCUUCCGCGCCGUGUCGCGCGCCAGUAUCCAUCAUACGGACUGUAUCUUUAUGGAGAGGGCGCAUAUGCUCUGGAGACCAAAGGACUCAAACUUACUGGCGCUCCUGUUCUUUUCCUGCCUGGCAAUGCAGGGAGCUACAAGCAAGCACGUUCUCUGGGUUCUGUGGCAUUAAGAAAGGCUGAGGACUUGGAGGGACCGAUCCACAUGAACGUCUUCACCGUUGAUUUUAAUGAGGAGUUGGUGGCUCUGUACGGGGGCAGCUUACGCAGACAGACUCACUUUCUUCAUGAAAGCAUUAAAGCCAUCUUGCGCCUUUACAAGGACCAGCCUGACCCCCCAACAAGUGUGGUUUUGGUUGGUCACUCCAUGGGUGGGAUUGUAGCGAGAGCAUUGUUCACCCUGCCACGCUUCAACCCACAACUGGUCAGCCUUAUUAUCACCCAGGCUUCACCUCAUCAGGCACCUGUGUUGUCUCUGGAUCCUUAUAUUCUGGAGUUUUAUUCUAGUGUCAGUAAGCGCUGGGCCACAGGUGCUGAAGAAUUUCGGAAUGUAACUGUUCUGUCUGUUGGUGGGGGUUAUCGUGACUACCAGGUACGCUCAGGUUUGACUGCGCUAUCCUGCCCCAUUGAUGACCUCAAUAAAAAGUCUCUAGUGGUGACUGCAGUUCCUAGGACCUGGGUUUCCACAGAUCAUCUCUCCAUUGUAUGGUGCAAGGAGCUGGUUCUUGCCACGGUCAGGUCAUUCUUUGAUCUUAUUGAACCAGAAACAGGACGGUUUACAGAGAAUCCACAGAAGCGAAUGUCCGUGCUAAACUAUCACUUCAUUAGACACCCGGUACAGCAGCCUGGCGAAAGACAACAAGCUCCUGUCACUUUCUCAGCUCCUCCAGAGGCAUGGAAGGAGGUCAACACGCUCCGUCUGUUUUAUAGUGCUCCCAAGGAAGCUCAAGCAAAGUACUUCAUGUUUGCUCUUUCCAGUCGAAGGAAAGCUUACAGUCAUUUUCACUGCCGCAGUAAUAAUCUGGAAAUGUCCAGUUGGCUGUACGGCUGCACCCACAUUAGUGGCUCAAGUUGUGUGCGGGCAGUAGAUUUGUCAUCCGGGACAGAACUUAUUCCAGCCUAUAAGGCUAUUACAGUGAAAAUCAGUGCACUCUCUCAUGUCUCUCAUCUCAUCAUUGAUGCCUCUAACCUCAAUGGAGAGCAGUUUGUAGUGGAGUGUGAGCUGCAGAGGGAAGAGAGCUUUACUGUGUCGGUGCAGCUGCCCCAUGUGCUGUCCUUUGGUUUGACUGUCAGUGACAUUAGCAUUAACUCAUCUGGACUACUCCAUACACUGCAGCUACAAGACUUUCACCAGGUUUAUCAGGCAUUCAGAAUCACAGUCAUGAGUCACUGCAAGUCAACUAAAGACAGACUGCCAAGCGUGUACAGGUUGAAGGUGCCUUGGUUUCGUGAAGAUUCCUUUACCACAGCAAGUAUUCCAUCAGUAUCUGAGAUCUACGGUAUGCUUCACACCAGCCGCCCAGACAGCAACUCCAGUGCCGUUCUGCAGCUCCACACUGCUCCCAACUGCCAGUAUAAGGUUUCUAUUAGGACUUCUGUUCCCAAAGUGCUUGGGCAGAUCCUGCGUUUCUGUGGCCCGACGCUCCCUGUAUAUACAGCUAUAGCACUUCUCCUCAUGAUCAGGGCUCAGCUGAGCUCUUUGAAAAGAUCAGGACAUCCAGUUGGAAUGCAAGAGGCGAUGAGUAAAUCAUUACAGCUCCACAUACUGGAACUGCCUGUUUUACUGUUGAUACUGCUACUCAGACAAAGUUGGUUUCAGGAUGUCUGGUCCUCAUUGGGUCUCCCACUAGUGGAUACUCUUCCGAUAUACCCUAUAGAGGACUUAUCUCAAGAUUCAAAUCCACUUGCACAGGAAUGGCCCCGGCUGGUGUCCCCGCUGCUCUGUGUGCUGGGUGCAGUCAUUGCAUUCUGGGGAAGCACGGUCCUUAGAGUUUUUGUCCGUUUCCUGUCCUUUGUGCUUGCUCCACUGCACAGACCUUCAGUGUCUCGGGACUGUGGCACCUUUCGUCUUCGCACUCAAAUUCUUUUGAUGGUGUCUUUGAGUGCGCUGGGUGGCGUCACUUGUGGAGCUUUGGCUCUAUUGGUCUCCACUCUCCUACAUCUCUAUAGGGUGCUUAGAUUACAGAUGACAGAGAGAUCGCUGAGCCAUGUACUGAACCUGGCCCCUCAGAAGGCAUCACAAAACUCAGAGAAUGGUUUUAAUGGUGCCGAUUGUCACAGUAAAAAUAAAGAAUGUAAUGGCACACCACUACUGUCAGAAUCCAUGCUGGAAGAUGUAAGAGAUGAUUUGGAGCUUCACCUUAGCCUGUCAACACUGCUGACCCUUCCCAUGAUGCUCAGCGCCCCUUCCCUUAUCCAUUGGAAUCGCAAUCUUAGAUAUUGGAUCCAUCUGGAUCCUGACCCCUGCUGGCCUCACACGCUGCCCCUGCUCAUCAGCACUAUUUUGCUGGUCAACUGUAACACACAAACGCUCAUUCGGAGCAGACUGAUGCUGAAGCUGAUGGUCCGUCUGCUGCUGCCGCUUUGUGUGGGCAUGCUGGCUUUCUGCCCUCUGCACAUUUACCGGGUCACUCACUUUUUGUCUGCUGCGCUGACCCUUUUGGUCUGUUCAUUUUACUUUUGACCUCCUCACAAACCGUAGAUUAGAACCAGACCAAGAAUUUGUGAAUAGCCAGACAGCCUUAGAACCAUGUGUGCAUUCAGCGGGAUCAAAUGGACGGGUGACAUCACUGGACCAGCACAUCCAGCGUCGUGUGAUUUGUUGUACGUCAUCAUUUGUAGCUUCUGUACAGGGUAUUUAAUUUUUUUUUUAAGCUGGUGCAUAUUGCGGUUUGUAUUUAUGAACAAAAUUUGUUCAUUACUGCUAAUUUCCCAGACGUGUUGAACCUAUAGUCCUGAACUAAAAUAUUACUAGUGUUCAUCGAUAGCUAUUUUAGUGUAAGAUUACAUUUAAUGCAUGUAUGGGGAAUUAGCUGGUAAUGUAAAUACUGUAUGUGACUGUGUGUGCAGAGAUGGGGAAGAAGGGUUCGAAAAUCCAAAAUCCAUGAGAUUUAGUACUGAUGCUUAAAGUCAACAUGAAACUAUAAUUAACCCUAUUAACUUUAAUGCAUAAGCAUUUAAAACAAUAUGGUAUGUUAACAUACCCAGUGCAAUAGAGUAUGCAAUACUCUAAUAAUAUCAAAUUAUGAUUAAUUUAAAAUAGAAAUAUAUACUAUACAAAUGAUACACAUAUCGACAUUCUCUCAGAAGUGAAAUUGUGACCUUGUGGUUGUCAGUGGAGUUUAAGGGGAACCACAAUUGACCGCAAACUCAUUUCGAUCUGGCUGUACUGUUCAUAAACACGCACUAUUUAUGAUUCAACUAUUUCCUGAUGGAUAAGAUAGAUUUAGUUUUGUUCUGAAAUAAUGUAUGUAACAUUACUAAAAUAUAAAGGGUUGUUAUUGUUUCAUGUUGAUCUUUAAGAGUAUGAAAACCGCUUUGAAUGUUUUUUUAGGUAUUUUGCAGUUGACAUGGCUGGCUACAUCACUCUGCUUGUUUAAUUUUCAAUGUGUCAUUUUUGCCUUAAACCAUUUAGCCCUGAAUGCCCAAACUUUUUGUUAGACAGAUCCAUUCAUGUACCCCGAUUGCAUUUAGCCAAAACUGUAAGGCAACAUCUCGAAAUGUUAUCAUAGGUUUUGUGCACACAAAAAAAAGUGUAUUGAAGCAGGAGCAAUAUGAUGAUUUUUGCGCAAUAAUUGAUGUUAAAAAUACACGGUUACAUUCACUUAAUAGUGAAGUCUCAUAAAAUGAGGCUAAGAAUCACUGCCACAAUCACAGUAGCCACGUGAUCAUUGCUUUCUGCACAGAUCUCAACUUUCCUUGUGUGUGUCUGUAUCUUCAUAUGCUUCUCCGCAGCGUCAGUCUGCUUCCUCGUCUGAUGUGAUGUAAAUUGUCAUUGUGAAUCAAAUGAAGGAAUUGUGCCUUUCUUGUAAUAUGCCCCUGCUUCUUGUUCGUGAAAUCUUAUAUUUAAAACAGAAAAGAUUUAGCCGUGUCCCCUCACACAGACUGUAAAAAAACACUUGUAUGACACAUGCUUGUGUCAACUGCACUGUGACUAUGUGUGUGUGUGCGUGCGUGUGUGCAUAUCUAUUUAAGAAGAAUUCUCAAAUUCUUCGCGAAUGAAAUUGAUGGGUGAGGUGUAUUAUUGUGUGAUGUAAUUUUGCUCAGCAUUGUUCUGAAGUAGAGCAUUAUUGUGGUGAAAAAAAAAUGCUGCAUUUUCCUCUCAAAAUGAUUAUGAUUGUUGUCGUUGGUGUUCACUGUGAUGUGCCACAAUAUUUGGAAGCCAGGAUCUUAUGUCUGCUGAUCCAGGACCAGGCAAUGUUCAUGUAAAGAUAAACUGAAGUCGAACAGCAGCUCUUUAACCCUCUUUCACCUUGCAGCAAUGACAGCAAUGUUUGUAGUAAUGCUAGCAAGGCUCUUGCUUUAAGAAAUGUUAAAGAAAAAUUGUAAAUGGCGACUGUUGUUAUGUGGUAAUUUUUCGGCUAUAGCAGUUGUAUAUGAAUUGCAAUGACAGUUUUAUGGAAAUGUGUUUUUAACAGCGAUUUGUUAUACUAUAGGUAGCUGGUAGGUAUGUGUAAACGGAAUAGAAAGCAACGGGCCGUAAUACAAAAAACUCAAACUAUAUAAUUGACAUUCAGGAAGAAAGAGUGAACAAAAACUUACAAGCCUUUGCAUUCCACGGGUGUAUUGUAUGUGGGAAAUCAAACUAAAUAUAGCAUUUCUGUUUGAAUUGGGGUGGAGCUUUAGACAGGCUUCGGUUUUAGCCGUGACUGUUUUUACUUUUUAUAAAAUGCAUCUCACUGCCUCAUAAACCUAAAUGCUGUUGUGCUUUAAUAUAGUUGAUAUACUGUAACAGUGACCAACACUGCUGUUUUGACUCAUCUGUUAUAAAUUAUGGAAGCCAAAACAGACAAAACUCUAUAGAGAUUUAUAAAACAAAUCAAUACGUCUGUUUAUAAAUUAAAUGGAUAAUGUUACUGUACUUACAGUCUAAACUGAAAGCUGAGUAAUGGUUAUUAAAAUUAUUUGUAUUUUUAAUACAGUAAGAAAGAAUUUAUCUGAAGUACCUAGCUCAUUCAACAACCUUUUAUAGUUUAUUAAUAUUUUACUUGAUUAAAAUUGUUUACUCAAAGAUGUCAUUCAUCAAAGUGCAGUUUUGCUUGGUUUGUGGUGCUUUUGUAGUGAUCAUAUUUCACUUGUGUAUACAGUAAGUACUAAAACUGUAACUGAGUGUAAAUGCUUCUUUUCUACUGAUUUGUGUUGAAGCACUGUUAAUAAGCACAUGUAUGCUAUCAUAUUCGUAACUCUUUUGGUGUUCAGCCAAAUGUUGCAUCCUUGGCUUUCCAAACUGCAGUGCUACUGUGAAGGAAUUGUGAUCAUUGUUGUCUUAACGUGGUGACCAGGACAGAUCAUGCUCCUGAUAUAAGCAUCUUAUGUCAUUAUUAGAGAUAUGCUAGAAAGUGUCAGAGAUGUUGUACACUUUUGUUUCGUAAUUAAAUUGUUUAAAGUGCAGGAUAACAAUGUAUUUGUCUAUUAACUUUGUAUAUGGUGAGAUUACAAAGUAAACACUCAGGUUUGUAAAGUGUUGUGGAGUCAGUGGCUUUCGGUGGUGUUGUACUUAAAUAUUUAUACUAAUGUUUU